UAUUAGUACAAAGUACUUCCACUUUGUGCAAGCUAUAAAUGAAGUUCCCUGAGGAAAACAAGUUGCAGCAGAAUCCAGCUGAAGCAAGUUAAAUGGAAGGAAAAAACCAAGGAGCCCAUGUUGUAUUCCUCCCUUAUCCAAGCCAAGGCCACAUAAACCCUCUCCUCCAAUUUGCCAAACGCCUAGCUUCCAAAGGUGUCAAAGCCACACUGGCCACAACCCGUUACACUGUCAAGUCCAUUUGCGCCGCGAACAUCGCCGUCGAGCCGAUCUCCGACGGGUUCGAUGAGGGAGGAUUUUCUCAAGCGCGAAACGCGGAUGUGUACCUCAAGGCCUUUAGAGACUACGGCUCGAAAACUUUGUCUCAACUCAUCCACAAGUAUAAAGAUUCUUUUUUUCCAAUCAACUGUGUUGUAUAUGAUUCGUUUCUGCCAUGGGCUCUGGAUGUUGCAAAGGAAAACGGCAUAUAUGGGGCAUCCUUUUUCACCAACUCGGCCACGGUGUGUGCGAUAUUCUGUCGCAUACACUGCGGCCUGAUCAGUCUGCCUGUGAAGCAGGACGAGAUGCCCCUGCUGCUGCCGGGCCUGCCACCGUUGAACUUGCCCGACUUGCCAAGCUUUGUCAAGGCACCCGAAAGUUACCCUGCAUACUUAGCCAUGAAAUUGAGUCAGUACUCUAACUUGGAAAAGGCUGACUGGGUGUUUGGGAACACCUUCGAAAAACUGGAAGGAGAGGCAGUGGAAGCUGUAUUGGAUCUCUGGCCAGGAAAACUGAUUGGUCCAAUGGUGCCAUCGGCAUUUUUGGAUGGCCGAAUCAAGGGAGACGAGGGAUACGGAGCAAGUCUAUGGAAUCCACUCAGCGACGAGUACCUGAAAUGGUUAGAAACAAAGCCACGGGAGUCUGUGGCGUACGUCUCUUUCGGAAGCAUGGUUGCAUUGGCAGCAGAGCAGAUGGAGGAAAUAGCACUGGGAUUGAAGUGCAGCAAUACGCACUUCAUUUGGGUGGUGAGGGAGUCUGAGAUUGGAAAAUUGCCUCCAGAGUUCGCUGAUUCGACAAAAGAAAAGGGCCUGAUAGUAACAUGGUGCAACCAACUGGAAAUGCUAGCACACCCGGCGAUCGGUUGCUUCAUAACUCAUUGCGGGUGGAACUCGACGCUGGAAGGGCUAAGCCUCGGCGUGCCGAUGAUCGGAGUGCCCAAAUGGGCUGACCAACUAACUGAUGCUAAGUUCAUAGAGGAGAUAUGGGGUGUUGGCGUUAGAGCCAAGGAGGAUGAGAGGGGAAUUGUGAGGAGAGAGGAGCUCAUUUCUUGUUUGAAGCAAGUCAUGGAAGAAGGGGAGAGAAGUCUUGAGAUCAGAAGGAAUGCAAGUAAAUGGAAGGCUCUGGCAAAGGAAGCAAUUAGUGAAGGAGGGAGCUCAGAUAAGUGCAUUGAUGAAUUUGUGGAACAUUUGAAGUGUGGGAAUUAGAAAAGAGAGGUAGGUAGAAGGUUGACAAAUAUUGGAUAUUGUUUGUUUUGUUUUGUAACUUGGGUGUUUGGGCUAACACACGCACACCUCGACUAAUUUCGGUGACUUGAUCCCAUUUGCCCACUUGGGGGGAGCCCAAUCAAAGUCGGAGCAAAACUCCAUAUGAACUGGCCCUAAAGGAGUUCAUAAUAUCUAGGAGGUUUCAAACAUGAGACCUUAGGAGGGAGCAAACCCCCACGUCCCAGGUCUAGACCACCAGGCCAACCCUACGGCAACGGGGUUAAAUAUUGGAUAUUGUUAGCUACAAAAUUCAAUGAGUUUGAGCAAGUCCAUGGAGUGUGCAUGGUGUGCGUUUGUUUUUAUCCCUUCUAUUCUCUGUUUAUGUACUUUUUGGUUAGGGUUUCAUUUGUGCUUCCCUUUUGUUAUUUUUUUCCGGCUAUAAAAAGAGUGGGUUAUGUUUUGUUCUGAAA